AUGGGGCUUGGCCACGGAGACUUCAAACGGCUCGAACGAUCGAUAUGGCCGCACCUCUCCGGUAUUCGUUCUCUCUACCUCUCUCUCCAAGUCCUCGACGAUUUCGGUAGUAGACACGAACGGUUGGCGAACUCCCUUCCCACCGCGCUCGCCGAGACCUCUCUCGUCCACCUCAGCAUCUCCAUUCACAUGCGCACACCUCCUGAUCCGGUUGACAGUGAUCGUGGAAUCUUGAGUGAGGAGUGUGCCGAAGAACUGUCGCGCUUCACGCACUCCCGGGAUGUCCUUCCUCGUGGUUUGGUCGCGGCACUCCCCACCCUGCGUGUGUUCAUGAUCAGGCAUACAGUCCAUACACGCGAAGAACUCGCGGAAGCCGAACACAUCGCUGAUCACGAAGACAACGAUGCAAACGAAGACGAGCUCGACUGCCUUCGACGAGACGCCGACAGAGCAGAGCUCGUGCUCCGGCAGAUUGCCAGCGAACUGCCGCGGCCGGAGCGGUGGUGGUGGGUCGAGCGCACCGGCGGGAGCGCCGAGAUGGUCGAAAUCUGGCGCGAGGACGGCGAGGAGGCUCGGGACAUCAUCGAAGACCGGGACUUCAAUCGCGAGACGGGCCUCGAUGGUUUCUUCUCGCGGAAACGUGUGUAUGAACAGUAG